ACAAAUUUAAACACCGGUAGGCGUCUGUGGACAGCGACACAGUUCUUUCGUUCACCGGAAAUAAAAAUUCCCUUCCUGCUGUCUACCAUGAUGCUCUUAGCUUCCGUGCUUUCCCUGUGCCUGGGCCUGUCCCUGGCCCAGACGCCGACAACGCCCAAUCCUAAUUGUGACCAGGCCAGAUAUCUCCCAUGUGUGCUGUCUGUGGAAGUAGCCGGGAGCACUCCGCUAUUUCGGGCCAUAGAAAGAGUGAUGGCAAAUAGCAGCGAGGAGAUUGGAGCGGAUUGGACUGACGAAAACUACCGUGAUCUGGCCAGUCGCAUGAACCACACCAGAAUCCAGUGCCCAUCCAGCGUCGUCUAUCCGUGUUUUGAUAUUCCGGAACGCGCGUUGAUGACCCGAGCUAUGGGCCAUUUCGGUACAAUCCUGACCGAUCCGCGUUUGAAUGCGACCAACGUGAAAAAACUGGUGGACUGUAAUCAGCGCAAGGAAUGGAUGGUGAUUCUCGGUGAACAGAUGUUUUCGGUCAUCUACGCAGAGGGACUCUUCCGACCAAAUACAAUGGUACUCAACGACGCCAACUUCCAGAAUCUGGAAUGCCGGAUCUACAACCAGUUUACGGCCAAAGUCUCUGCAGACUCGAUCGGUACAGCUUGCGGUGAAGGAGAAAAGAAGACAUUUUCCGAUUUUGUAUCGACCCUUGGCAAUUCGUACCAGUGUACAAGUGGGGCCACAGCCGUGAAGAUAACAGUUCUUGCUUUUGUCAUAGCUUUUAUCGGCCUUGUUUCCUUCUGAGGCAGUGAAAUGAACCUUUUACAGUAUAUUAGCAUUUUUCUGUGUCAAAUGUCUAUACAAAUCAAAUAUUCUGUAAGUAAACACGAAGGGUAAACAAAAACAUAAGG